AUGAAAAAGAACCUCGCUCUUCACCAUCACCGUGGUAUCGUAGACAAGGCUACCACGCCCUUGUUUCAACUUUCAGACCAACGCCCCGUCAGCAAAAUAUCCCUCGUCUCUUUCAUUUGCUACGCUUAAUCAUACUUACACUCAUACAUACAUCAUUAAUUUGAAAAGUUUAAAAGUAAAAUGGCAGUACUAGGCUGAUGUGGACCUUUACAUAAUCAAUUAAUAAUUAAAAACUAAUUACAAACUGUGUCCAUUACUAUUAUCUAAUAAUUACUACCUAAUAGUUUAAAACUAAUCACAAACUGUAUCCAUUACAUAUCAGUUAAGAUAAAUUUAUAUACAAAUAACGCAAUGGCUUAAAAAUAUAUAAAAUCUUCAAUGUCCUCGUUUACGUUAACGCAGGUUCCUGUUUGAAAGCUAAUUUGAUCGAUUUCGUUACAUUGCUUUUAGGCGCUUUUCAAUAGAUCUUUAUUACCAUAUUUCUAGCAUUGUUAUUUAGGUCAUUCGAUACAACCGGACCUCUAAAAAUUAGGGAUUAUCCGCCAAAUUCGCUAUUCAUUCCUCUUAUCCUUAUUGAAAAGCUCAUCCUGCUAGAUUCAUAGGUGCCGAAAAAAUAGAUACCACCCUUUUCUUAUAUAUAUAGGCUAGGUUAUGCCAUUUACGAUAUUAAGAACCAGGUGAUCAGCAUAAUUGGUGGGAAUAUCAUGAAUUUGUCCAGCAGCUUUUAUAUGUAGUUUCUCGAUAUCUUCAAAAAAGGCUAUAUAGUGAGAGCAGCUCUCCCAGACAGAUAUACAGCACGUGAUAUUUUGUAGUAAACAUCUUUAAGUUGUUCCCCCUGGAGGAACUUCAUUCUUUUUAUCAUUUUGAGUUGGGCAGAAAAAGAUCUAUGAAACUUGUCAAUAUGACUCUUUCACGAAAGUUUGUUGUCAAUUAAUACACCUAGCGAUUUGGCCACUUCAAUGAAAUCGAGCACGCCAUCCCCACACUCUACUUGCUGAAGAGGACCAAAGUCGGUACUACAGUGGUCAUAGUUUUUUAAUCGGAGCUGCAAGGUCCGCCUCCCUCGCUGGCUUAACUGACUAUGAGAUCAAACUCCUGGGCCGAUGGAACAGUAACUGU